UUCAAUUGUAAUUCUGGCAUUUCAUUUCAAAAUAAUUUUAAAGCUGGUGAAAAUAAGUUAAUUAAGCUAAGAAAAUGAAGGUUUUAAUUUUUGUAGCUGCCGUGUUGGGUGCUGCUUCAAUGUGCACAGCCAUUACACAAGAUCAAGUCGAUCAAUUAAUGGACUUGAACUUUAUGUUUGACAUCCUACACAAAAACUAUGACCAUGAAAUUAACAAGGCAUGGACCCAACAAAAACACAACAUGAAAGUCUUAAACGCUCAAUUUUUAUCACGCUAUGGAUUCAACAUUGAUGAAAUGAAGACUAAAGAAGGCGAAGUUCUUGAAGCUAUUGAACAACGUGGAGAGGAAACUGGCAAUCCCGAUUCUGAGUGCAUCCAGUCAAUCAGGUAUGGCCUCACAAAUGCCGUUGGAUACGCAAAUAUGAACUAUGCAGCAACAGUAGAGGAAAUAUUGUUUUACUUCAAUCAAACAAAUGACAGCUUUUUCUAUCCAAAUGUUGAAAUUUUUCACUUCCAAUCAAACUCAUUCCAAUGGGAAAUUUUGAAUGCUUUAUUGGAAAUUAAUCCAGUCGCUGAUAUGAGUGGAUUGAUUAGACGAUUAAUGGCUGAUUAUUACAUCAUUUUGGAGAUGUUUGAGGAGGCAGUCAACACCCUGGCAAGUGACAUCCGUGAAUAUGACCGAGAAUUCAACCGAAUUCGUGGAUCAAUCUUCCCAACAUUCCAAAAUGUCCGAGAUUAUUUCUUCUUCACCUGUAAUUCAUUGAAAGAUUCACUGUCAAGAUGUGAAUAAGCACUUAUAAGAGCCAUACAUCAAUUAAUUAUAGAAAGAUUCAAAUAUGCAAUUUGACCCAAUAACAUGUAAAGCUGAAUAAAGAUCAAAUUUACCUAAAACUCAAUUUCGAGGAACUCCAAUCAAGACCGUUCAAAUAAUUAUCAUAAAAAUAUUUUUAUGCGAAUUUAUGGUAAUUAAUUUUCACCAAAAAACCCAUUAUCGAGAGAAUGUUAUUCAGCCUCGCUCCCAUACCGACGGAUAUGCUUUUAUCAAAUAACACAGAAAUUUUAUUUACUGUUCGUGUUUCAGAUUUCAUGAAUGACGGCUUUAGUGAACGAUUAAUUGCUUUUAAGAUAAGGCUUUUUAGGUUGUUUAGUGUUAUUGAUUUUGGAUUUUGUUGUGAUUGGGGAAAUGGAUGGGAAUUGGUGAUUUGUUUUGGAUUUUAAGAGGUUUUCGGAAGAGUUUUAAGAGACUUUUUGAGAUUUAUAUUUUAGAUGGAGAGAAAGAGACGUUAAAAAUUCAAUAAGAGUUGAUUUUUUU